AUGAGAUACUCUACCUCUUUCUUCGCGACGCUCCUGCUCCCUCCGCUGCCGGCACUCGUGGAAGCAUGGCCUACGCAGCCUGGUCUUCAAGUGCAAACCGUGGACAAGGACGAUGGGGUUGCAGCGUGGUGGCCUGCGGUUCAGGAUAGCCAGCCUCAUCCGGUCUUCCCCCACCGCCCUGGACAUCGCCCGACGGGCUUCAUUGCCUUGGGAGAUUCAUACUCGGCUGGCAUAGGAACCGGUGUCAAUGGCACAGAGGACCCCUGUCGAUAUGGCAUCCACGCACAUCCUUUACUCAUAUACAAUGACCUUGAAAGACUUGAAGAGCCAGCCUCUACCUCGUUCCAGCUCCUCUCCUGUACUGGUUCGACAAUCACCGACCUUCUGGUGAAUAGCGACCCGAGCCAAAUUGGUGGGUUCAAUACAUCACAGACCGCUGAUUUUGCCCUCCUAUCUGUUGGUGGUAAUGAUCUUGGCUUCUUUGAUAUUAUGAACAGCUGUAUCUUCAGAUUCUAUAGCCUUUAUUCUGGCACAUGUGAAGAGGCUUUGCAAAGAUCUGAGAAGCAGCUUGCCAGUCCCGAUUUUGAAAAUUACCUACGGCUUGCUAUCAUGGAGAUACUGGAUCGCGUCCAAUGGGAAAAGCGUCCUUGGUUCUCCAUCACCGUGACGGGCUAUGCCCAAUUUUUCAAUGCACAUACCGAGGAAUGUGACGAGAGCUCCUUCGGAGUAUGGUGGCGAGGCCCUAAACUCAAACGUGAGUUGCGGCACAAGAUGAACGAGAUGGUGCUCGCAGUCAACGAGAAGAUACGACGGUCCGUUGCCGCUGUGAAUGACGCUUUUGCGGAACCCAAGGUUCUCUUCGUGGAUUACGACCACUUGUUCGAAGGUCACCGGUUCUGCGAGCCUGGCGUCAUCGAGCCUGACUACACCCGGAAUGAGACGUGGUUCUUUCUUGUUGGUGGUCCCGAUAACGAUGGGCAUUCGGAUUCAAAUAGUACUUCGACGACGCAAGAUGGGGCUCUUCUGCCUCCUUGGUCCCCGCUAAUUGACACGAAAACCUGCAUGGAAUCUGCGCAUCAAUCCAAGGACUGGGGCGAGCUAGCCCUCUGCAUGAUGGCGACAGCGGUCGAAAAAGACCCUACGUUGCAGAUGGUGAGCGGUGAUGGAGCCAGAGAGCAAGACAUGUGGUAUGUGCCUACAUACUACGGAAAGACGUUUCACCCACGCACCCAGGGUCACAUGGCAGUCAGGGACCAAAUAUACCAGGAAUGGCGAGACUGGUUUGGCGAUCAGCCAUAG